AUGAGGACAAAUAUUUCAAACAACAGCCACGAUGCCCUAUACUCUUUCUCCAAGUAUGCGUUCAAGUAUAGUACUGUCACCAUGUUAAACAUUUGGGCAGUACUUGUCAUCAGUGCAGUUCCACUGCUGGCUUUACAGAUCGAUUACGAGCGCGCUGAACAACUGUCCGGAUUUGAUAUGAUAAACACUACGCUUCGGGUUCGCAAGUACAACCGUACGACGAAGGUACUCAACGGAACGACCGCAUCGUCAACGAUUCUCAACAACAGUUUUCUGAUUUCCACCGACAUUUUUCACAGUCCACUGGGAAACCAGCAGUUCAAUCACUACCCGAUGAAACUGCCCUCCAAGCCGCUGUGUGAUUUUCUCGACAUGAUUUACGCGGAGUAUAGCGAUUGUUUGGAGAAUAUUUACAACCUGCCGGAACGCGGCACCUGCCCAAUACUGCCACUGGAGGUGCAUACCAUCGAUAAGGUUUUUCCCGCCAAAUCGAUCCCACCGUUCGUGCCCAAAGGGCUUUGGAAGGCGUUCAUCAUUUUCACGCUGAAUGAUGAAGAGGUGGUACGCCUUAUGUGGAUGAUAAAGGUUAGCAAUGAUUUUGCUUGAUAUUGUCAGAGAUAGGAAGUUGAAAUGUA